AUGACAAACCCACAAGACAAUCCUGUAACUCCUCCACCACCCACUCCCUCUAAUUCAUCUACCCCUCCUCCACCUAGUACAUCUCCCAAACCCAGGUUGAGAAGGGUGAAAAUGCUUGCUCGAAAAACAGUAGCGUCUGGGGCUCUCUCAAAGAAAUUAAAUGAGAAAUUGAAGGCAAGCCAGGUCCAAGACUCUGACUCCAACUCUGAUUCUGAGUCAUAUAAAUCCGCUAGUGAGGGGGAAGGACCUGGGUCUUCUAACUCUGAGAAGACUCAAGAAUCCCCUUCUAAGGAGGAAGUUCAAACAGUGGAGGCUCAGACCCCCAAGCCCAAAAAGCCCAAGACUUCUUCCAAGAAGUCUCCCUCUGUGUCUGAGGAUGCUAAACCUUUAUUAGCCAAGAGGACAAGGUCUGCAGUGAAAAGUAAACAAGAAUUUCUGAAGAUGAGUAAUGGAGUAGAGAAGAAGAAGAAGAAGAAGAAGAAGAAUAAGAUGAUGAGUCUGAUGGUGAAUAAGACAAGCUUGCCAUGUUUGGCAAAAGAAAGAUUUUGA